AUGUCCAGCUACCAGAACGGGACCAACGGUCACUCAGCCAGCAAUGGCGCCAAUGGUAAGGCCAAGAGCUCAACCGUCAUCGGCCCUGAUCCCGAUGCCGAGAGGACAGCUAGCAUGGCCAAGCCCAGGCCUAUCUCUAUGAACCUUCCUUUCACCGGUGCCAGCAGGCAAGGAGUAGAGAAUGCGUUCGAGAGACACAGGCAGACUAUCCAGUCCGCUGUCCAGCCCCUGCCUACCCAGCAAGGCGCGGGCACCUUCAGCGAGAACAAGAAGUGGGGCAAGCUCAGCAGUGACUUGAUGACCCUUCGAUGGGCAGACUUCAAGACCCUGAAGCACAUGGCCGUGGCCAAGAUCAAGGGCGAGAAGAUCACCGACGACAAGACCAUGAUCAUGGAGAAGGUCAUCCAGCUUGUGUCUAACCUCCCCAGCAACUCCAAGCUACGAGUGGAGUUGACCAACAGCUUCCUGAGUGAGCUGUGGUACACGCUCGAGCAUCCUCCUUCGAUAUACGUUGGCGAGGAGUACCAGUACAGAAAGGCUGAUGGCUCUUGCAAUAACAUCAUGUUCCCCCAGCUGGGUGCUGCCGGCAACACCUACGCGCGGUCCGUUCGACCAAACGUCAUCAGACAAGGAGCUCUUCCCGACCCGGAACUCAUCUUCGACUCAGUCAUGAAGCGCACUGAAUACAAGUCGCACCCCAACAACGUCUCCAGCAUCCUCUGGUACUGGGCCAGCAUCAUCAUCCACGACCUGUUCUGGACCGACUACCGGGACAUGAGCAAGUCCAAAACCUCGUCCUACCUCGACCUUUCUCCCCUGUAUGGCAGCAACCAGGAGAUGCAAGACACCAUCCGCACCUUCCAGGACGGUAAGCUCAAGGUCGAUUGCUAUGCCGACAAGCGUCUGCUGGGCAUGCCCCCGGGAGUCAGCGUGCUGCUCAUCUUCUUCAACCGCUUCCACAACUACACCUGCGACAACCUGAUCGCCAUCAACGAAGACGGGCGGUUCAACAAGCCCUCCCCCAAACUCGAGGGCGAGAAGGCUGCCGCGGCAUGGAAGAAGUACGACAAUGACCUGUUCCAGACCGCCAGGCUGAUCACGUCCGGUCUGUACAUCAACAUCACCCUGCUCGACUACGUCCGCAACAUCGUCAACCUCAACCGCGUCGACACGACCUGGACUCUCGACCCGCGCGCCGACACCGGCAUCGACGUCGGAACCAAGGAGGGCGCCGAGCGCGGCACCGGUAACGUGGUCUCAGCCGAGUUCAACCUCUGCUACCGCUGGCACUCGUGCAUCUCCGCCAAGGACGAGGCCUGGGUGGAGGAGUUCUACCACGAGCUGUUCGGCAAGCCCGGCGCCGAUGUCAACUUCCACGAGCUGAUCAUGGGUUUCUCCAAGUUCGAGGGCAGCAUCCCCGCGGACCCAGUCGAGCGGGCCAUUCCCAAGCGCAACGGCAACUUCACGCGCGACGCGGCCACAGGCAAGAUCUCCGACGACGAACUGGCCGAGUGCAUCACCGAGGCCAUCGAAGAUCCCGCUGGUUCCUUCGGCGCCAAGAACGUCCCGGGUUCCAUGCGCGCCAUUGAGAUCCUGGGCAUCAUCCAAGGCCGCAAGUGGAACCUCGCCGGUCUGAACGAGUUCCGCAAGCAUUUCGGCCUCAAGCCCUACGAGACCUUCGAGGACAUCAACUCCGACCCUGGCGUCUCGGAAGCUUUGCGCAGGUUAUACGACCACCCCGAUUUCGUCGAGCUGUAUCCUGGCAUCGUCGCCGAAGAGCACAAAUCGCCCAUGGUCCCCGGCGUCGGCAUCGCGCCCACCUACACCAUCUCGCGCGUGGUGCUUUCGGACGCCGUCUGCCUCGUCCGCGGCGACAGACACUACACCAUCGACUACAACCCGCGCAACCUGACCAACUGGGGCUACAACGAGGUGCAGUACGACCUGAACGUCAACCACGGGUGCGUCUUCUACAAGCUCUUCUUGCGGGCUCUGCCGAACCACUUCAAGGAGAACAGCGUGUAUGCGCACUACCCCAUGGUUACGCCGGACGAGAACGCCAAGAUCCUCAAGGACUUGAAGCGCGAUCACCUCUUUGACUGGACACGCCCCGGUAGACAGGCGACGCCGCACCAGGUUACUACCUACGCGGGCGCUAAGCAUGUGCUUGAUAACGAGAAGGAGGGCGCGUACAAGACUGCCUGGCACGCCGGGUUGGAGUCCAUCCUCAACCGUCCCAUUUCUACCUCCAACAGCACCAACCCCGACGCUCACGACUCCCAGCGCCGCGACAUCCACGAGCAGCUGUACAGCGCCGAAUGGGCUACCCACGUCAAGACCUUCUUCUCCCAAACCACCGACGCCCUUUUGGCAGGCGAGAGCUACAACGUAGGCGGCCGCCUUCUCGUCGACCUGGUUCGGGACAUAGGUAACAUCGUCCCCACGCUGUUCGCCGCCAAGGUCUUCGAUAUCUCCCUCCAGGGCAAGGACAACGCCAAGGGGCUUUACACCCCCCAUGAGCUGUACGCCGUGCUAGCCGUCAUCUUCGCGGCCAUCUUCUACGACCACGACCCCGUCAAGACGUACCAGCUGCGCGACGCCGCUCGGACGGUAGCCACUCAGCUCGGCGAAGCCUUGGAGGCGGGAGUCAAGAGCCAGACUUCCUUCUUUGGGUCUUUCUUCGGCGGUGGCGGUAACGAUGACCCGCUUACUGCCUACGGCAGCGAUCUUGUCAAGCGACUAUCCAAGGCUGGACUAAGCAGCUCAGACGUAGCCUUCGGGCAGGUCUUGCCGAUCGUGGCGUCGAGCGUGCCGAGUAUUGCUGAGGGCUUCGCGAGCGCUGUGGACUUUUAUCUCGGCGAGCAAGGGAAGGAGCACUUGGCUGCUAUCCAGGAGCUGGCGAGACAGCCUGCUUCUAGCGCGGCGGAUGCGCAGUUGCUCGGGUACGUGUUGGAGGGUAUUCGGUUGUCGGGCAAUAACUUGGGAGCGUUCAGGCAGGCGAGCAGCGUGGAUGCCAUCAAGGAGGAGGAUGGUGGCGAGGUUAGGGUGCAGCCUGGUGAUAGGGUUUUUGUUAGCGUGAAAUCCGCCGCUCAAUCACCCGCCACCUUCCCCAACCCCGAGGACGUCAACCCUUCCCGCCCGCUUGACGCCUACAAGAUCUUCUUCUUCGGCACGCACUCCUACCUUGGCCAUGAGGUGAGCCAGAUCGCUUUGACGGCAAUGUUCCGCAGCUUGUUCAAGCGCAGCAAUGUCCGGAGAGCUCCUGGUCCUCAGGGUCAGUUGAAGAAGAUCACGAGGGAAUUGAACGAGAAGCUUAGCCAGACCUUUUACCUCAGGGAGGACUGGGGUGCUGUGACGCCCUUCCCUGUGACGAUGAAGGUUACUUGGGAUGAGUAG